AACCACAGCGCAAGAGGAAGAGCCAUCUGCUAUAAACAGUGAUGGAGAAAGCCUUGUUUUCAUAUUAAAAGGAGGCUUCAGUGCAAAAUAUAGACAAAAAGAAGGAGAAUGUGCAUAAUGUAGCUGAGAAAAGUAAUGGGCAGACGAGGAAAGCAAACAUGAAUUCAGACGUGAGGAGAGCAGGUACCACUGGACAAAUUCCUCAUUCUCUAGUCCCAGAACUAGCAGAGCCACCUUUGAAAAAGCACAGAAGUCAAAGACUGAAUGAACACGACAAUGAGUCUGCCAACGGAGACAAGACUCAGCAUUCACCAAAAGAAAACUCUGCAAGCGUUUCAGACCAUGAAGAUGAUGAUAACGGGAAUGCACAGCUUGAAGAAGACAGUGAAGAUCAAAGCAGAGCAGCAGAGGUGCAGGGUGUUGGGACGUCCCUGAAAGUGACCAUCCAGCGCAGCAGUGAGAGUCGAGCAUUCAGCACUUCACCUGAGGAAACUGCAGACGGUGCAGGCCAUGAUGGAGAGAAAGACAGAAGCAAACACACUGUAAAAUUUACCUGCCACAUUUGCAACCUCAGCUGUCCUGACAUACAAGGCUUCCAGACUCACAUGAUCAGUUCAGAUCAUCAAAAGCGUAUGAUGGAAAUCCAGCGUGUGAGUAACAUCUGUCUGGCCACACCGUUACCUCAGACCCAGCAGUCCCUGCAGGGCACACACAGAGAGCGGAGGAUGGGUCAUCAGCGCUGGUGUCCAACCUGCCAGUGUCAUUUUACUGGUGACCUUAUCGAGCACAGACGGACAAAGAAACACAAGAUGGCAAAAGUAUACUCAAGACCUUUCUGUACCCUGUGUGAGCGCCACUUUAGGACUCCUCGCAAGUUUGUGGAGCAUAUGAAGUCUUCUGAGCACAAACGGAGAGUUGAAGAGUUAAGACACGAGGGUGACCCAGAGGUUAUGGAGGAACUCAUAACAGUGGAUGCUGUCGGCUGCUUUGAGGGGGAAGACGAUUAUGAGGAGGGUGGAAAUGAGGAAGAGUUUGCGGUGUUUGAGAAGCAUCCUGCUCACAGAGAGAUGGCUCCGGAUGAGACGACUGUUUAUGAGGCGUAUGAUCCAGAGACACAAUACGGCACUAGUUUUGUGGUCCCUGUUGCUGGAUUUCUCUGCAAGCUGUGUCAUAAAUUCUACCACUUUGAGUCUUCUGCACGGGAGACUCACUGCAGGUCUCUUAUGCACUUCCAGAACCUACAGAAGCACAACGCCCUGAAGAUGCAGAAGAAGGCAUCUCAUGACGACUGUGAGAGCGAUGUGUCAUCUAACAGCCUGAUGAGAGAUCCUCCAGGCUGUUCCUGCACCAAUGAGAUGUCAGCGAUUUCUGACAGCAGCCAAUCAGAUCUCAGCAGACCUCAUGUCAGUUCCUUGAGAGAGCAAUUACACUCGAGGAAACUCAAACCAUCUAAAAAACCUCGCAAAUCAAAAUCUGCACGCUCAAAACGCUCUGUAGCUCCUCAGAAGUCUGCCGUGGUCAUGAAACACUUAAUUUGUGCUCCACACGGUGGCUCAAGGUCAAGUCAAGAGUCACACUGUAGAGAAAGCAAAAAACCUGACUCAAGUGUUCAAUCGCAACAAGUACAAUGUGAGUCUAGUGAAAAAGAAAAGAUUUCCUGUGACCCGGUGCAUUACUUAGAAGAGCGUGAAAUUGUGAGCUUAACACCCACACACUGUUUGUGGCAUGUGUCGGGGUUGGAAAAUGUUUCAAAAUCAAUUGAGGUUAAAGAGACAGUCAGCAGAGUCCAUGCAAAACUCACAGGCCAUGUUCAUAAGAAUUCAACAAGCAUUUCUGCAAACGCUGUGAAGGACACCUGAGUGAAAAUAAUAGUAUUACAAUACAAAUAUU